AGCCGAGUGGGCGGUUUCACUUCGAUUGUCAAUCUUUUAUCGCUUCUCUGUGUGUCUCCAACGCUUUCCUCUCUUCCCCACACUGCACCAUCAACCUCCAACGACGUCGAGGGACCAUAGUGGGGCACACAGCGACGCUGGGGAACUGAAAUGUAAACCGGCAACAAUUGAUCAUAACCCUCGGACUUGUCAGGCUUUCAUUUCCAGUCGAGUCGCCGUGAGACUGCAGAAACCUGAAAUAGCUGCUGCGGACCAUAUUGAACUGAAAUUGAUUCACGCGAGAGGGUCAAUAAUGUUAUAAGAUUAACGCCGGAAAGCUUCCACUCAUGUGAUUGUAUAGUUUAUAUGAAAUAUAUUUUAUUUUUAUACCGGUGUUUUUGUGCUUGCUUCGUGUUUGCACAGUUUCAGUGAUCCCGCGCAGCUCCCAUUUCUAACACAUCAUCACUGCUUGCUCGGUAUAUGUGAUAUAUUAAAUUAGGGGAAUAAUUCACUCAGAGGAUAGAGUAGUGCGUAGUUUAGCCCAGUCACUCCUCACCGGUGCCCGUUCGUCCCAGUUUGCCUCAGGAUUGGGUCUCUUCGCCACCUGGAGUUCCCCUACCUCGGCUCGGUCUCAUCGUUGUUCUUCCCGGUGAACUGCAGAAGAGCGAGCUCGCUCUCACCGGUAACAGAUAAUGUCGGGGGAGUCGGUGUUGAUCCCGGACGACCGGGCAUUCAGCAACUUCAAGGAGGAGUGCGGGAGCGAGGAGGGCUGGAGUCUGACCUACAACAAGACGGGCAUGACCGUGUGGACCCAGACUAUAGCAGGAGACGAGGAGAAGUCAAUCCACAAGAUUAAGUGUCGGAUGGCGUGUAAGGACGUCUCAUCUGAGACCAUGUAUGAUGUUCUCCAUGACAUCGAGUACCGUAGGAAAUGGGACGCAAACGUCAUCGAAACCUUUGACAUCGGAAAACUCACUGUUAACGCAGACGUGGGCUACUACUCCUGGAAGUGUCCCAAGCCGCUGAGGAACCGUGACGUCAUCACGCUGCGGUCCUGGCUGCCCAUGGGCAGUGAUUACAUCAUCAUGAACUACUCUGUCAAACAUGCCAAAUACCCCCCCAAGAAGGACAUGGUACGAGCGGUGUCCAUCCAGACUGGCUACCUGAUCCAGAGCCAUGGACCGAACCACUGCACUCUGACCUACCUGGCACACGUGGACCCAAAAGGUUCACUACCCAAGUGGGUUGUUAACAAGUCUUCCCAGUUCCUGGCUCCCAAAGCGAUGAAGAAGAUCAGUAAGGCGUGUCUUAAGUACGGCGAGUGGAAGCAGAGACACAACCCAGGCUUUAAGCCCUGGCUCUACCCUGAGCAGACUACACUGCCCACAAUCUCUGUGUCCGAGCUUAGCAUCCAGCACGCAGACAGCCUGGAGAACAUUGACGAGAGUACACUCAGCGAGAUGCAGACGCGGGAGGAGAGAGACAGCGACUAACACCACACACACACCUCAGUGAGAUAAGAGAGACAGUGACACAAACACACAACACACACUUUCUCUUUCCUCUCCAGUCAGUCUCUUUGUCCUGAAUCUCUGCCCCUAUUGCCCAUUAUACCAUGUGUCUCUGGAUCACAUGGCUGUCUCCUGUAAAGCAUCCUGAACACACACACACACACACACACACACAUUCACAAGCCACACACACACACACAGGUUCGCUCUCUGUUCCUCAACACUACAGAUGUAUGAAUGAAUGUAGAGUUAAAUCUUAAAUACAGAUUCCUACAAAGGUUUUCAUAUUUCA